GAACAAACAAUAUUUAUUUAAAAACAUGUUAAAAUUAGUUUAAAAAGAGCAGAUUCAAAUGGCCUCUAAGAAAGCAAAAUCUUGUUUCGUGUGCGGCUCCGCUGCAUUUCAGAACUGCGGCGCCUGCCACGUGACCGCUUACUGCGGCCGAGACCACCAGCGCCUGCACUGGCGCAACGGGCACAAAGCCGAAUGUGGAAAAUUCAGCGAGAGGGCGGGACAUCUGGUAGCUGCCAGGGAUCUCGAACCAGGAACGGAAAUAUUGCGAGAAGAACCAAUUCUUAUAACUCCGUUAUCAAAUUCUACAUGUUUGUGUUCAGUUUGCUACAAAGUCCUUAAUCCUGAUGAUGAGCAGUCUUGGAUGAAAUGUUCAAAAUGCGAGUGGCCAUUAUGUUCGGAAAAAUGUGAAUCGUCUUCUCAUCAUGCUCAGGAAUGUAACUUAUUGCAAAACUUACGUCCUGAUAGUCAAAAUCGCUACGCAAAAUUAGCAGCAUUACGUUUUUUAAUGAUAGGUGGAGAAUCUAGAAAGAAGUUUGAAAAUUUAAAUUUACGAAAGGGAAAUUUAGUUCCAAUUAAAGUGAGUGAAACAAACUUAGGACAUUCUGAAAGUGAAAUCAAUCAAGCACUCAAUACUGUCACGGCGAACUCUUGUGAAAUUAAUAAAUCAGGAUAUAAAUAUCAAGGAUUUUAUGUUAAAACACUGAAAGUGGCCCAUAACUGUAUACCUAAUUCUAAAUUAAUGUUUGUUAAUGAUAAUUUGUUAUUAAUGUCUACAGUGAAAAUUAAUAAGGGAGAGUUGAUUACAUGUUCGUAUGUGAAGACAAUGAUCGGAACUCUUGAACGAAAAGAGCAGCUACUCAAUAAGGGAAUUGACUGUUCUUGUAAAAGAUGUGCUGAUCCUACUGAAUUAGGCACAUUUGCAGGAUCAGUGUACUGUUUUACAUGUGCAGAAAAUGAAGAAGAAAAAUCUGAAGAAAAUGUCGUUUUACCCAAAAUGCUGUCCAGCAACCCUCUCGAUAUACUUGCUCCUUGGACAUGCGAGGUUUGUAAUCGUUCGAUUCCUUCCAAAUUUAUGAAGUUCGGUAAUAUUACUAUCCAUGAAGAAAUUGACAGACUUGACAAAUCAUCUCCUGCAGCAAUAGAAAAGUUUUUGUCGAAAUAUGAAAAAAUCCUUCAUCCGACAAAUGCGCACGUCAUUAGAGUGAAAUUUGAUUUAAUGCAAAUAUACGGAACUGUCAGUGGUUACUCAUAUUCAGAACUAGAUAUUAAAACUAUAGACAAUAUUGUUAAUACAUGUCAAGAUUUACUAGAAAUAGCAGAAAAAUUAGAUCCUGGAUGGUCGAAGUUUAGAGGAUGUCUACUAAUGAGCUUGCAAGCGGCGAUGGUUAUCCAAACCAAACACAUGUUCAAUAACAACUUGAUUUCAAAAAAUGAAACUACGGAUACGCUGGGUGAAUGUAUGGUACUUCUCCAAGAAGCUGUCAAAAUUUUGAGCACAGAACCUGAAUUGAAAGACAAACUUACAGAAAAUUUACAAGCAUUUUCAACAGAAAUGGAUUUUGAAUAA